UUCUAUUUUACGGCACUCCAUUGUUACUUAAAUUGUUAUUAUACGGACAGGUGUUCAUAAAUUUUGAAAGAAGUUUUACUUUUGCUAAAUUAAAAUUUAUAUUUUCAUCACCCCUAAUUUCGUUCAUGUUGAAGAAUAGUGACUUUUGGUAAAGGAGAUAAUGACAAAAUUACUUUAAAAACGGAUCAACAAAAAUGAAACUGAACAGCGAAAUCAAAAUGUCCACUAUCCCACACUUACAAUAGAUUAUAUAAUUUUGCCUCCAAAAAUCUAGUUUAGUCCUAGGAUUAAGAAAUUAUCAAAAAUGCUCCGAAGAUAUAGCGGUAUAAAGCCAUCCCAUCUCUGGUACAGGACCUCCCUGAAGGACUUCCACCACUACAUAAAACAACGAAUAACAGCCGUAGAAAACUGGGAGGAGAGAGAUAAGAAAAGUUUCUUGCAGUUACUCGCAAUAGGACUCGGCUCGGGUCUUGGGUUAUUGUAUUCGAUGGGUAUAAUAUGCCCGGAGAGAAUCAUAGAUGUCAUCAAGCCGUAUGAAUGUAAAACAAAAGAAGAAGUGAAGCCAAAAGAGGAGAAGCCUAAGACACCAGCACCAGUAGCUAAACCUAAAAAGAAAUGCGUCAGGAAAAAGGGCAUAGACCCGUGUCAGCCGGAACCGGAACCAGAAAUGAAGCCGUGUCCCAAAAAAGAACCUUAAUUGCACUGAAGAUGACAAUAAAAUGCUUAAAAAUAAAUAUACUUUGUUGAUUUCAUUUUCCGCGAGAAACUUUAGGGUGGCAAAAUUUUCUUCUAUAUGUAGAUCUAUUAAAUAAUUUAAUUUAAAAACUCAUGAUUGUAUAGCUGCGUGUCUGUUCCAUGUUAAAAUUAUAAACGAUACAGAUUAAAUUUAAAAAUUUUGCGAAUACGAAAAUACGUAAGAUAUUUUCUUCAGAGAUGCUCUAACUAAAAUAAUGGAAAUAAGAUUUUAAUGUAUUUCAAUAUAUGUAUAUUUCGAAAUAGUACUAUUAUGCUAUAUGUAAACUAAAUAUUAUCCCUAAAAAGUGUUGCUCAUAAAAAAAAAAACAAAGGCCAUAGUCCAAACCAACUAGAUUAACGUCUUAGCCAAAUAACAUGAUUUUGGAGUUGGCUUUGAUUGAAAUUUUAUAUUAUGGAACAAAUUUUUAAAGUUUUGAUAGUAGCGGUGGUAACUGUGGCGGCUUACAAUUAUUAUAUAUCUCAAAAAUAAGAACAGAGUAUUAAUAAUAAUAUACACAUACGUAUGACUUUAAUUAUCUGUCCCAGAAGUCACACAGGCGUGACAAGAAAGGAUUUGUAAAAUGAAAAGUGUGAUGUGAAUUAUUUAUGAUAAACAUUGCGAAUGGAUGUCAUAAAUUAACGAAUAUUGCAACAUUUGGAGGUUGAAAUUAAUUUCUUUAGUGCAAUGGAUAGGGUGGAGCAGUUCAGACUGAUCGCGAUGGUUAUAUCCAUGGCGUCGGUUAUUGGUUAUUCCUACGGAUUUAUAAACUUCCACAACCUGACUCCGGACAGACCAACGAAACAAACGAAACCGGACACGAAAGAAGUGAGAAAUUAUGAACGGGACAAGCAUAGUCCAUCUUACGGGGUUCAGGACAGAUACUGAAGACGUUAAGUCCGCCGAAACGAAACUUUUCCCUUGAUUAAUUCCACUAAUAUAUCUGUUUUUCAUUAAA